ACUCCCGGCGCCAGGCAGCGCCUAGACGGGAAGAUGGAGGAGCAGGUGGUGGAAGUGCGGGGCUCCAAUGGCGCUUUCUACAAGGCAUUUGUAAAAGAUGUUCAUGAAGAUUCUAUAACAGUUGCAUUUGAAAACAACUGGCAGCCAGAGAGGCAGAUUCCAUUCCAUGAUGUGAGAUUCCCACCACCUGUAGGUUAUAACAAAGGUAUAAAUGAAAGUGAUGAAGUUGAGGUUUAUUCCAGAGCCAAUGAAAAAGAACCUUGCUGUUGGUGGUUAGCUAAAGUGAGGAUGAUAAAGGGUGAGUUCUCUGUAAUAGAAUAUGCAGCAUGUGAUGCUACAUACAAUGAAAUUGUCACAAUUGAACGUCUACGAUCAGUUAAUCCCAACAAACCUGCUACAAAAGAUAAUUUCCAUAAGAUCAAACUGGAGGUGCCGGAAGAUUUACGACAAAUGUGUGCCAAGGAAUCAGCACAUAAGGAUUUUAAAAAGGCAGUUGGUGCCUUUUCUGUAACAUAUGAUCCAGAAAAUUACCAGCUUGUCAUUUUGUCCAUCAAUGAAGUCACCUCAAAGCGAGCACAUAUGCUAAUUGACAUGCACUUUCGGAGUCUGCGCACCAAGUUGUCUCUUAUGCUGAGAAAUGAAGAAGCCAGUAAGCAACUGGAGAGUUCAAGGCAGCUUGCCUCAAGGUUUCAUGAACAGUUUAUUGUACGAGAAGAUCUGAUGGGUCUAGCUAUUGGUACUCAUGGUGCUAACAUUCAGCAAGCUAGAAAAGUACCUGGGGUUACUGCUAUUGAUCUCGAUGAAGAUACCUGCACAUUUCAUAUUUAUGGAGAGGAUCAGGACGCAGUAAAAAAGGCUACAAGCUUUCUGGAAUUUGCUGAAGAUAUCAUACAAGUUCCAAGGAACUUAGUAGGCAAAGUAAUAGGAAAAAAUGGAAAACUGAUUCAAGAGAUUGUGGACAAGUCAGGAGUUGUAAGGGUGAGGAUUGAGGCCGAAAAUGAGAAAAAUGUUCCACAAGAAGAGGAAAUUAUGGCACCAAAUUCCCUGCCUUCUAAUAAUUCAAGGGUUGGAUCUAAUUCUUCUGGAAAAAAGCAUUUAGAUAUAAAGGAAAACAGCACCCAUUUUUCUCAGCCUAACAGUACAAAAGUCCAGAGGGGUAUGGUACCAUUUGUUUUUGUGGGAACAAAAGAUAGCAUCGCCAAUGCCCCUGUUCUUUUGGACUAUCACUUGAACUACUUAAAGGAAGUAGACCAGUUGCGUUGGGAGAGAUUACAGAUUGAUGAGCAGUUGCGACAGAUUGGAGCUAGUUCUAGACCACCACCAAACCGUACAGAUAAGGAGAAAGGCUAUGUGACUGAUGAUGGUCAAGGAAUGGGUCGAGGUAGUAGACCUUACAGAAAUAGGGGGCACGGCAGACGCGGUCCUGGAUAUACUUCAGAAUCUGACCACAGAGACGAACUCAGUGAUUGGUCAUUAGCUCCAACAGAGGAAGAGAGGGAGAGUUUCCUGCGCAGAGGAGACAGUGGGCGGCGUGGAGGGGGAGGAAGAGGACAGGGAGGAAGAGGACGAGGAGGAGGCUUCAAAGGAAAUGACGAUCACUCCCGAACAGAUAAUCGUCCACGUAAUCCAAGAGUGGCUAAAGGAAGAACAGCUGAUGGAUCCCUUCAGAAUGCCUCCAGUGAAGGUAACCGACUGCGCACGGGGAAAGAUCGCACCCAGAAGAAAGACAAGCCAGAGAGCAUGGAUGGUCAGCAACCACUCGUGAAUGGAGUGCCCUAAACUGCAUCGUUCUGAAGUUACAUUUUCUAUACCAUUUCCAUGAUUCUUAUUCCACGUUAGAAAACUUUGUUAGGCCAAAGACAAAUAGUAGGCAAGAUGGCACAGGGCAUGAAAUGAACACAAAUUCUGCAAUGAAUUUUAUUUUUUGGUAUUGGCCAUAAGCAACAUUUCAGAUUUGCACAAAAAGAUCAUGAAAUUUGAAACAUUGCUUUUAAGUACACUUAGCACUUCAGGGCAGGAUUUUACUUUUAUUUUUUAAAGUACUGAGCAGUGUUGUUCUUUAUUAAUUUGUACAAUUUUCCUGCAGUGGGUGAUAACUCGCCAGUACAUUUCAGUGUUUCUGAAUGACAUUUGUGGUAAUCAUACCAUUCUUCGGUCUUCAAUCCCAUGUAGGAAUUUAGGAAUUUCCAUGAAAUGCUGUGCCAUUUCACGUCCUGUGUCAGUUUACAUUUUGGUCCACUUUUCUAGUAUUUUGGUGGAUCCUGAAACAUGUGUGAUGUGACAUUUGUCAUUUUCAUUAGCAAAAAAAAAACAAAAAAAAAGUUGUAUGAUCUGUGCCUUUUUUAUAUCUUGGCAGGUAGGAAUAUUAUAUUGGAUGCAGAGUUCAGGGAAGAUAAGUUGGAAACACUAAAUGUUCAAGAUGUAGCAAACCCUGUCAGACAAUAGUACUUUCUAGAAGAAUGCAUGCUUCCCAUAUUUGUUCCUCACAUAAACAUCAGGUUAGGCAGUAUAAAGAAUAGGACUCAUUUUUCAUUCCUAUUUUAUUGCACUGAAGUAUAACAUAGUGUUAUUGGAAGGGAUAUGUAACUUUUCUGUAGAGACAGGAGAAGAAAUAACUAUCUUUUCAUUUGAGAGAGGCUAAAAUGUUUUCAGCUGGUCGCAAGUCUCCCUGGUCGAAAGUCAGUAGGACAUGCCUGCUCUUUGGCCUGAUGACCAAUUUUAAUUUAGAGCCUUCUUAUUUUGCCCUCCC